AUGAUGAUGAUGAUGAUGAUGAUGAUGAUGAUGAUGGAGGGAGUUCAGGCACGCUGUGGGAGGAGGCAGCCCCCGGGAGGGUCUCGCAGCACUGGGAUGCAGCCCCAGGAGGAGCACUCAGAACUGGGGUUUUGUCCCCACGAGGAUCAGUUGGCGCCCAACGUGGGGCCCGAAGGUGGACAUCUGGACAUCGGACCACUGACCGGACCCCGCGGAGUGGAACUUACAGUUUCUUUUGGCCGUCAACCUACCUCGGGUGAAGUUGUAAAGCAGCCACGUUUUUGGACAGCCGUUGUGGCCAAAUUAAACGAAGCCGUGAAGUCUGGGGAGACGAAUCUGGCUAACGUGGCGUACUGGGCGGGUGUUGUGCUUGCCACUCUCCGCCCAUCCCCGGUUGUUAGACCUAAAGUUCGGUUUAUUGAAGAGUUCGAAGAUGGCUCCCAGGGUGCCCAAAAUGGCGCCGGCCACAUGGCCGUUCCCGCCAGGGCCCCUUCUCUUCCCCAGAAUCCCUUUCUCCCGAAUCCCAAUCCCUUUCUCCCUCCUGACCCAACCCCUUCAUCGGUUACCCCUCCCUCGUACCCCUCCUUGGUCCCGCCUACCGCUCCUCCUUCAAUCCCGCCCGUUGCUCCGCCCCCGGUCCAGCCUCCUAUUGACCCCGCCUCUGCUCCUCCCUCGUAUUCAGCUCCUCCCUCGACUCCUCCCAUUUCUCCGCCUCCUGUACCGCCUCCGGUACAGCCCUCCACUGACCCAGCCCAGAUUCCUCCCCCUCAGUCGGCUCCUCCUUCGGCUCCUCCCGUAUCCCCUCCCCCGGUUCAGCCCCCCGUGGAUCCCUCUCCUGUUACUCCUUCCUAUUCGGCUCCGCCCCCAAGCUCCACCCAGGGGGCGGAGAGGGGUGGUGUGUCGUGCCCACCCCCUUGCCCUGCCUCGCUAUCAGGCCCCGCCUCGACCUCUUCCACUUCCGGUUCCCACGCCUCCCCUUCCGGUUCCCACGCUUUGUGUUCCGGGGGGGGGGGAGUGGAUGACCGGAGGCCGGGGCCGGUGCCCUUGUUGGAAGCCGCCCCGGUUUCUUACACCCUGACUGGAGAGGGGAGUUCUCUGGCGCAGUGGGUGCCCUUGGCACCGGCCCGGAUCAAGGAACUGUGCAAGGCGCAGAAGGACUACUCCCGGGAGUCUGAAUACUUCCGGGGGUUGCUCCGUAAUGCCCUUGCGCAGGGAGAUCUGGUGCCCGCUGACCUGAGGGCUCUUUUCUCCAGUCUAACCGGCCCUAUGGAGUUUCGCAUAUGGGUGAAGGAGUGGAAGAGUGAGAUUGUGGAGGCUCUCCCAGAUCUUUGGGGGAGUCCUGCCACUUCUCACGAUGCGGACGGCCUGUUAGUGCAGGAGGAACAGCUGUUGGGCGAGGGGCAAUGGGCAAAUGGGGCAGCACAGGCUCGGGCUCUCUUUUCUCAACACCUGACGGUAUCGGCUCAGGCUGCGGAGCGAGCCUUCUUCAAACUGGCAACCGUCACCUCCCAAUGGGAGGAGGAUGAGGUGCGGCAGGGCGCGCAAGAGCCCUACUUAGCCUUCAUCGAACGCCUCUACCGUUUCGUAGAGGCACAGGUGUCCGGGGACCGGGAGAGAGAGUACAUGUUAAGAAAGAUGGCAUAUUAUAAUGCCAAUGCCGAAUGCCGGAAGGCUAUUCGGACUCUCCCCCGAACUCCCCGGCCCACGGUGGAGGCAAUGAUGGAGGCGGUAGUGGCUCAUGUUCCACUCCCUGUGCGCCCGCGCCGUAACUCCGUAGCCUUUGCCGACCUCCCCGAGCCCGAGCCAUUCAAUCUUGAGGCUGCCCCCGCUGCUGGGCCACCGACACCAGGGCCCAGCAGAAGAACAUCGGACACCCACCCCUGCCACCUAUGUGGCGAGAUUGGGCACUGGAUGCCCCAGUGUCCAAUGAGAUCGGACUAUCUGAACUAUAGGAGACAAAGGGAGAGGGAGAAAAAGUGGACUGUCAUCGGUGACACUAAGCACACGCCGCGAGACGUGCACAUCAUCCCCGGUCUGGUCACUACCGACCGGGAUCGUUUCGCGGGACAGGUUAUCGCCCAGGCCAUCCCCGUGCCCGAUCAAGACCACUGGAGCAGCGGAGCGGAGAAGACAUCGUCUCCGUCGGUGGCCUGGGCGCAGCUCGUGGGGAGGGAGAAGCCCCGCCUGACAUGCCAGCUUUCGUUGGGCGGGGAUCGAAAGGUCAUCAGGGGUCUUUUGGACACGGUAAUUGACAUAAAAGACUGUUUCUUCCAAAUUCCCCUUCACCCGGACGAUGCCCCGCGCUUUGCUUUCACGGUUCCGUCUAUCAACCGUGAGUCCCCGGCCAAGCGCUAUCAUUGGCGGGUAUUACCACAGGGCAUGAAGAACAGCCCUGUGAUCUGCCAAUGGUACGUCGCUUCGCUGCUGUCACCUUUACGUACAGCCCUCGGGGAUGCCGUCAUCAUUUAUCACUAUAUGGACGACAUCCUCGUGUGUGCGGCCGACCACAGUCUACUUGCCCAUGCGCUUGACCUGACAACCAAUGCGUUGGUUGCUGCAGGGUUUGAGCUCCAGCAGGAUAAGAUUCAGCGGAUGCCACCCUGGAAGUACCUGGGCCUCCAAAUCACAAAGCGGACCAUUGUUCCGCAAAAAUUGGCUAUUCGGACGAAAGUCCAGACCCUAGCAGAUGUCCAUCAACUGUGUGGGUCUUUAAAUUGGGUGAGACCCUGGCUGGGCAUUCCCACCGAAGACCUAGCCCCCCUUUUCAAUUUGUUGAAAGGGGGAGAGGGGCUUAGUUCCCCUAGGACUCUCACCCCAGAGGCGCAGGUGGCUCUGGAGAAGGUGCAAAAAAUUAUUUCGGCCAGGCAGGCCCAUCGGUACCAUCCGGGCCUGCCAUUCAAAUUCAUUAUACUGGGAAAGCUGCCACACCUCCAUGGCAUGAUCCAUCAGUGGGACCAAGAUCUGAAGGACCAGGGUCUGGGUGACCCCCUCUUGAUCAUAGAGUGGGUGUUCCUCAGCCACCACAGGUCCAAAAGAAUGACACGGCCACAAGAGUUGGUAGCCGAACUGAUCCUCAAGGCAAGAUCGAGGAUCAGGGAGUUGGCAGGAUGUGACUUCGCAUGCAUUCACAUUCCAAUUAAAUUGGAAGCGGGCCAAUUAAAAUUAAAGACCUUUGAAGAACUGUUGCAGACUAAUGAAUAUCUACAGUUUGCGUUGGACAGCUACACUGGGCACGUCGCAGUUGAUCGGCCGGCCCACAAAUUAUUUAAUUCGGAAUUCAAAUUAUCUCUAACUAAGGUCCAAAGUAGGGAACCACUGGAUGCCGUGACUGUAUUUACUGACGCGUCUGGAGCAUCCCACAAGUCGGUUAUGACUUGGAGGGAUCCUCAGACUCAGCAGUGGGAGACCGAUGUUGUUACUGUGGAGGGCUCUCCACAGGUUGCUGAGCUAGAUGCAGUCGUCAGGGCCUUCCAGAGAUUUCCUGGACCUUUCAAUCUGGUGACAGAUUCUGCGUACGUCGCCGGUGUAGUGUCUCGAGCGGAGCAGGCAGUUCUUCAAGAGGUCACCAACAAAAGGUUAUUCGAAUUAUUAAACAGGCUCGUCGAGUUGGUCUCCCACCGCGAGCACCCAUUUUAUGUGAUGCAUGUGAGGUCACACACAGAUCUGCCCGGGUUCAUCGCGGAGGGCAACCGCCGUGCCGAUUCUUUGGCCGCGGCUGCCGUUACGCAGGGCCCGCUCCCAGAUGUGUUCGGCCAGGCUAAGAUCAGCCACCAGCUCUUUCACCAAAAUGCGCCCGGCCUGGUUCGGCAAUUCAAUCUGACGCAGGACCAGGCCAAGGCGAUUGUGGCCACAUGUCCCCAAUGCCAGCAACAUCAGAUGCCCACCGUGGUCUCGGGAGCUAAUCCCCGAGGCCUGGCGAGCUGCGAGGUGUGGCAGACGGACGUAACACAUGUUCCAUCUUUUGGCCGGCUGUGUUACGUCCACGUCUCGGUAGACACCUUCUCCGGUGCCAUAUACGCUUCUGCCCACACAGGGGAAAAGGCAGCGGAUGUUCAGAAGCAUCUGCUUCAGGCAUUCGCUGUCUUGGGCAUCCCUAGGGCCCUAAAAACGGAUAAUGGCCCUGCGUAUGUUUCCAAGGAGCUGCGGAGCUUCCUGCAGCAAUGGGGAAUAGUCCAUAAGACCGGCAUCCCCUAUUCCCCGACAGGCCAAGCCAUGGUGGAGAGGGCCCACCAGAGCCUUAAGAAGACCCUGUCCCGCCAACAACCGGCUAUGAAGGUGGAGACCCCCCACGUCCGGCUGUCGAGAGCGUUGUAUACCCUCAACUUCCUUAACUGCUCUUUCGACAGCCAAAAUCCCCCAGUGGUCCGGCACUUCGGCAGCCACCAGCAGCUGCAGCCUAAAGUCAGGCCUCCGGUUCUGGUUAAGGAUCCGGAGACCUGGCGGACGGAGGGCCCCUUCGACUUGGUGACCUGGGGGAGGGGAUACGCUUGCGUGUCUACCCCCUCAGGUCCCAAGUGGGUUCCAUCUAAGUGGGUAAGGCCCUUCGUCCCGAAGCAGGGGACAAAAGCAGGGACUGUGCCACAAGUCCGGCAGGCGUGUUGGCGGCGGCGGAGGAGGCAAAACCAUCCACUACCAUCUGCUCCUCCAGACCUUCCCUCCGUGGAGGAAGAGCCUUCCCCUCCAGCCUCUCCUCCACCAAUGGACCUCCUCCUUCAUGUCUCCUCCUGUUCUCCCCCACUCCCGGAUAUGUCACCCCGCAUGUUUUAUUUAAGUUGGCUUUUCGGGGAGGAACCAUUCUUAUGAGUUCGAUGUACUUUUACUGUUUUGUAUCAUUUCAGUUACAUCUCCCCAAUGGCCCCCGCUGCAACACCGCUGGCCCCAAACCCCGGAGCGCUGACCAUCCUUAUGACCACCUUCUGGCUCCUGAUGUCACCUGCGGAGCCGUGGGUUGUCCCCCAGCCCAAGGUCAACGUCUGGCGUGCCUUGGCUCAAUCCCUCGGACAGGACAGUAUUUGCCUAGACACCGGCGCAGCAGAGGACCCGAUGUCGUCUUGCCUUGUGGGGAUCCCAUUCUCUCCAGGCGAGUUCCCUCCCACCUUCCAACGUUCCUUCUACCCUGUUUUGGCCCGGAGCCUUACUAUCCUCCCCAGUUUUGACUCCUCGAAUGCCUGGAGAGACGGAGUGUUCAGGCUGGCUCCUGCAACCUCCGAGCCCACAGAAUUACAUCUGCUCGGCUCCGCCAAUGCUUCUAUCUGUUUUCAGUUCGACUAUACUAUCACCCCCGUAGAGAGGGGCAGUGAGGUGGUCCUUCAGACCAAAAAAGAAUAUCAGGCCAGACAGUGGUGUCAGGCUGUUCUGAAGAUCCUCGGCCCCACCACUACUGGCCGGACCCCUUACUCCCUUCCUCGGGGUGUGUUUUUAAUUUGCGGAGACCGAGCGUGGGCAGGCAUCCCCUCUGGCCUGGUGGGAGGGCCGUGCACUUUUGGCCGGCUGACGCUGUUCACACCUAACAUGUCCCAAAUUAUUGAUUGGAAAAGAUCCAACAUCACAUCCGAAUUGGGCAGGUCUAAAAGAGAUCUUAAGGAUCUCACCGAGGAUUGUGAUGCCGAAAUUACUCAUUGGUCACAUUCAAAGUCCGUCGCCUUUACCAUUUUGUUGCCGUGGGUAUCGGUGGCGAAGGCUCUAGGAGAAUUGGGCCGCCUAGAGUGUUGGGUGGCGAAGCAAGCCAAUUUUACAUCAGCCGCGCUAUACGACCUCCUGUCAGACGAGGAGAUUACAAGGAAGGCGACACUCCAAAACAGGGCAGCAAUAGAUUUUCUAUUGCUGCUCCACCACCAUCAUUGUGAGGAGUUUGAGGGCCUCUGCUGCUUGAACCUGUCCACCCGAGCCGAGGACGCCAGACAAUCAAUACGCAAGCUGCAAGACCUCGUCCAUAAAGUCCAACGAGAGACUUCGGACUGGCUGGGGGACCUCUUCAAGGGUUGGGGCCUGAGCGGGUGGGCCACUUCCAUUAUUGAAAGUGUUAUAAAAAUCGUUUUGAGUUUGAUUGUCCUUUCAGUUCUCGUUAUGGUGAUCCGCGGUCUGGUCCAGAGACUGAUAUCCAGGGCCACUUCUCCCAGCAUUAAUCACGCGACAGUGCCCGAAGAAGAGCACAUCGAGCUGGGGGACCUCUCCUCGGAGGCCGAAGAAGCUGCAGAUGAGGAGGGGUCGACCGUGCCGCCCGUCGAACAUCUUUGGGCGGACGAGCCCCAGCUCGAAGAAGACGAAGACUGGCCGGACCAGCCGCGGGUCCCUGAAGUUUAAGUUUAUAUGGACUUUUGCGUUCUUUCAUUUUAUUUGUUAAGAAACGGGGAGAUGUUGUGGUGUGUUGUUCAGUUUCCCCAGUUAUUCCCCUAUUCUAUGUAUUCUCCCCUUAGUUUCUGCAAAAUGGUUCCUCCCUCCCCUGGUUUUCCCGCCACUGCCUUCCCUUACAGUUGAUUUCCAUGGUAACCCCCUUCCCCCUCAACUGCCAAUCUCCCUUUGUUAUAUAAUUUCCCCUCCCCUGUACACCUUAUAUGUAAGUUUUUCCUCCUCCCUGGGCCCAGUCAAUCACCCCCCACUCCUCCUAGCUUUCUGGAAUCUUCUCCUUUCUGGGGGUUGUGGUUGGCUGUGGUCCCGGGGCUCCUCCUUUAUGUUGUAUUGAUUGGUUGAUCACCCAUGUCAGUUAUGUCUGUAUCCUUCCCUGAUUGGCUAGUUGGGCUCCCCUCCUCUCUCCACCCCUUCGUUUUAAAACUGUACCUCUCCCUCCACUCCCUGCCACACGCUGGUUGGCGUCCUCCCUUCCUGCCCCUGCCAUCGGACGAUCAAUAAAUCGGAGUUAGCCCCCA